CGCAAAGCUGCAUGCUUGUUUGUGUGGAUGUAGUGUAGUUGCUCAUACUGCAUCCGCAUCGUGCUUUGUUCGGUCGGUGGUCGUGGCUAUGCCCGUCGCUUCGAGUAUGCUCCGCGCAGCACACACUUCAGUUUCCUUUCGACGUUCGCGUUGUACGCUCGUUGGUUUGGUUUGGCGUGUGUUUUUGAUGUAAAUGAUUGACGUACGCCGCUAAACGCUUAUCCAAACGGUAUGUUCGGCCGUGCAAAACAUAUACAAAGCAAUCGCCUUUUAUAGAAUACUUCGCGCGUGUUUAAUGUAUGGAAGAAUAAUAAAAUAGUGGAAAGUAAUGAAAAUUCGCGUAAUUUUUUCUGAUAUACAAUUGCGGCUAGCUUUUGAGACUACAUCGCUAAGCGUUGGCGUUCAGCCAGCAGCAGCUGUCAAUGCUACUGUUAACAGCCACUGAUAGUUGUCACAUUGUUAAAAGUGAACUUGCGCGGUCGAAUUGACGUGACACAAAUUAAACACAAAACAAAAUAUGAAUACAAAAUAACAUCGAGAGCAAAAAGUUUGAAGGAACAUUUGAAGAUAUAAUAUAAAAUAAGAAGUCCGAAAAAAAAUUGGAAGAAAACGUGAAGUGUGUGCUGAAGAAUAUUAACAAAUGAAUGGUUUGAUGUGCACCUUUUGACAGCUGUGGAAAAUUGACGAAUUCGUGCUUGGAGUGAAAUUAUUUUGAAUAAUAUUAACUCAGCGCAAGUGACACUAAUUCUGAGAACUAAAUUUGGAAAAACCGAUUUUUCAAAGCCUGACAUGGAGAUAACCAGCAAAAAAUUGAGGAAUUUCAAAUGAAAAAGUGAAUUUAUUCCAAAAGAAAUUGCUAAACACAAAUCGAAAUAUCCAAAAAAGGUAGAAAAAACACAGAAGCCUCGCUAAUUUUCAGCGCACCCACAAUCAGUAGUGCACUUUUUAUAGUCUAAAACGCCUUCAAGGCACGUGCGGCUUACCCCUCUGCGCAGCCAUAACAUUUGUCAAGUGCCAAAAGUGAAUUCACACCGGCAAAAGGCUUGAAGACAAGCCAAACGCAUUGUGCAGCCACGGAAGGAGGUGGCAACAAUACAUAGCCGGAAACGACAGCCUGUCUCCAGCGAGCCCUUGCGCUUAUGCCGUACGUACAUAUAUCUGCGAAAGUGCAAGUGUAUCAAGAGAAAAUACAUUAGCAAAGUGCGCGCAUAAGUGUGAGUGUGUGUGUGUGUAAACUGCCUCGCUGCCAAACAGGCCUGCAGCAGCCAAAAGUCGAGUCAUUAAACCCUUUUUUCGCACGAACUGCGAACGCAACACAACCGCGCCCGCUCACGCGCCUACGGUUUGCCGUCUUCACAGCUCACGCGCAAUAAUUAAUGCUGUUAAACAAAGUCGACGUCGUCGCGUUUGUGUUAUUAUAAUUGUUGGUGUAACAAACAUUCCGCUACUUAACUGAGUGUAUGUGUGCACUGGAGUUUUUUAUUUUAUUUUUGUGGUACCAGUGGAAGCUGUUGCUUCAGCACGCUCUUUGUUCUUGUUAUUAUUGCAGUAUAAGUGUGGUGUAGUGCCGACCAACUUCGGCCGGUCGGCAGCCAGUCAGCCCCGCUAGUAAGUUAGCCAGCGCGCCUCUUCGCCUGUUCGCCAGUUCGCCCACUGCGACCCCACCACAGUUCCCGCACUCAAAACGCACUCACUACUGUCGCCUGCUUACUUAAUUAGCGUAUGCUUGGCUCAUCGCCUAAAAGUAGGCAAUUAAUUGUGUGCAUUUGCGUGCAUUAGCGCGUCAACGCGCGCAAGCUAACGCUGCGGCCCUAGCGCCGGCCGUCGCCUUAACCGAAAUUCAUUACAAUUCGCGUGCGCUCCACUGCCGCGCGUGUGUAUGUAUGUAUGGUGUGAUUUUGUCAGUUUCCAAAGUGUUUAAGUGCAGUGCCGUCGGCAACAAUUAUAACAACGACAGUGGAGCUUACAACAACACACGACGGCGACAACAAAAGUGUUAACUGCAUUCGCCGCAAAUUACGAGGCAAAAGCAGCACAAACAAAAACAACAAACACACACAGAAUAUCAGGCGGAGCAGCAACUUCAGUAAGCGCAAGACAAUUUGCCUUGCCACGGCGGCGGCGUGUUAAGCGAAAGCUACAAAAUUCUAACCGAAUUAUCGAAAACGCCCCUUAGGGCUGUCGCGCUGGCGUCAUUUCUGGGCGACGGUUUUGCCGCGCUCGGUUCAAGAACACCAUCGGUUAAGGAUCUAAUGGCGUUCGGAUCGGUUUUACACAACAAUCAGCAUAAUAUCGGACGCAGUGAACCGCCCGUUGGUGUUGGUGAUCCGUGUGCGGGUUGCAAUAAACCUAUAUUAGAUAAAUUUUUAUUAAAUGUCCUCGAACGCGGAUGGCAUGCAUCCUGCGUACGCUGCUGUGAAUGCCUUCAACCGUUAACGGAAAAAUGCUUUAGUAGAGAAUCAAAAUUAUAUUGUAGGAAUGAUUUUUUUAGGCGUUUCGGCACCAAAUGCAGUGGCUGUGGUCAAGGCAUCGCCCCCUCCGAUCUCGUACGUAAGCCGCGCGACAAAGUAUUCCACCUCAAUUGCUUUACAUGUUGCAUCUGCCGCAAACAGCUCAGCACUGGCGAACAACUCUAUGUGCUGGACGACAAUAAAUUCAUCUGCAAAGACGAUUAUCUGCUUGGUAAAGCGCCUGGUUGUGGGCAUAAUUCACUGAGUGUGCCAGCAAAAUAUGCAACGCAACAACAAAAGCGCAGCAGCUACAGCAACUACAACAACAACAACAACCGCAAACAAGCAAUAAGCCAUGAACAACAGCAACUGCUGCCGCACAGCCGCAGCGAAAUGACAACGACGACAAUGUAA